GAGUUUUCUGCCUGUGCUGAAUGCAUUAGUCUAAUGAGAUGUUUGCAGCCGGGGAGCAGGGCUGCUGGAGACUAACUGUGAGCUACUAACACACGGGUGGAAGAUUAGCCUUUGCAGUACUCGGUUUGCAGGUACCGAAAGUCUUCUGUCUUCUGAGUCAACACUCCUGGCCUGGUAAAGAACCUGAUCAGGGCUCUGGUGAACAAGCCGUAGACGAUCUGUCACUUCCUUCUGUAAGACUGGCACCAGCAGAAAUGCAGUCUCAGAGGAUCCCUGGGAGAAAGCGAGGCCGACCCCCACUUCACUCAACGCCUGUGAAGAUGGCAGUUCAUAACCUUUAUUCUGCUUCAGCUGGUUCUUUACCAGCGGUGAAGAUCCCAAAGAAAAGAGGGCGGAAACCCGGGUACAAGCUCAAAUCUCGGGUACUCAUGACCCCUUUGGCCCUCUCACCUCCACGGAGUACGCCGGAGCCCGACCUCAGCUCCAUCCCUCAGGACGCAGCCACCAUCCCCAGCCUGGCAGUCCCCCAGGCUCUCACAGUCUGCCUCUACAUCAACAAGCAAGCCAACGCAGGGCCCUACCUGGAGAGGAGGAAGGUGCAGCAGCUGCCCGAGCACUUUGGGCCCGAGCGGCCGUCGGCGGUCCUGCAGCAGGCGGUGCAGGCGUGCAUCGACUGUGCCCACCAGCAGAAGCUGGUCUUCUCCCUGGUCAAGCAGGGCUACGGUGGUGACAUGGUCUCUGUCUCGGCGUCCUUUGACGGGAGACAGCACCUGCGGAGUCUGCCGGUGGUCAACAGCGUCGGGUACGUCCUCCGCUUCCUCGCCAAGCUGUGCCGAAGCCUCCUGUGUGAUGACCUCUUCAGCCACCAGCCCUUCCCCCGGGGCUCCAGUGCCUCGGAGGAGGCCCAGGAGAACCAGGACGGCAGGAUGGAGUCAGCAAAAACAGUCACCACUGAGGAGUGCCUGGUGAAAACAGCAGGCAUGAACCGCUACGGCGUGGACCCCUCCGCCUCCGCCUUCAGCCACAGGGGCUCCUUGCCCACCUCCUCCUCGCUGUACUUCAAGAGGCAGAACUCUGGAGAUAGCCAUCUUGGGGGAGGCCCAGCCACCACCACCGGUGGUCCUCGCACCAGCUCCAUGUCCUCUGGAGGCCCCUCAACGCCUGGGCUGAGGCCCCCAGGCUCCAGCCCCAAGAGAAAUGGGACCUCUCUUGAAGGAAACAGAUGUGCCUCGAGCCCUUCUCCAGACGGGCAGGACAUCAGGCGGCCGCGGAGCAGGAACCCGUCCACCUGGACCGUGGAGGAUGUGGUCUGGUUUGUGAAAGACGCUGACCCGCAGGCCCUGGGGCCUCACGUGGAGCUCUUCAGAAAGCACGAGAUUGACGGCAAUGCCCUCUUGCUGCUGAAGAGUGACAUGGUUAUGAAGUACUUGGGCCUGAAGCUGGGGCCUGCGCUGAAGCUCUGCCACCAUAUCGACAGACUGAAGCAGGCCAAGUUCUGAAGGUUUUUAAAAGACGGAAGCCAAAUCCAGACAGCGCAUCUCAAGAUUAUCUUCUGCCUUACCAACAUCCCGCCACCAUCACAAAAUAGGUCCUCGUCUUACAAACAACAGCCCCAGAGACGUAGUCUUUUUACAAAACUCGUGCACCUCUGCCUUUUCAAAUAUUCAGCCUGGUCCUUUUGAAAGGCUCCUUGGUGUUAAUGGUUUGCCAAAAAAUGACAACAAUUCCUAUUAUUUGUAACAUUCCUGAUAGGCUGGUUGCCGUAAGAGUGGGUCCUAUUCUUACAAAGGAAGAUGGGGAACCGAGUGCUCUCACCCAAGGAGAAGAACCCUGGGGGGUUCCAAGGAUGUGAGCAGAACCUGUGUCUCCGCAGGCCUGGCGGGGAUGCCCACCACAGCGCCCCCUGUCUUUGACUUGGACCCACAGACCUCUCAUUGUGAGCCUUGCCUGAUUCAGCUCUUGAAGCUGUCUUCUAAGGAUAAACGCCUCACCUUGCACUAUCUGGAAAACUUGAAUUCUUUUGCUCUCUGAAAGAGAAGGAAAAAAAAAAUCUUUUCUAUUCCUAGUUAUCUGAAGUACUGUGUUAUCCCACUAGAGGGCAGACUGCUAAUGAAAUUCUAGGUCUCUCACUGCUGUAGCCUGAGGAUUCAGGACUGGAUAGAUGGGCUAGGGUUUCUGUGAACAACAUCUAGCCCACACAGACGUCGGGAGUUUAUUUCAAGGUCAGCACCACAGAUUGUAACUGGGGAAGACCCACUUACCUCCCAAAGGUAACUGGAGAGAAAUUGUCUCCUAGAAGGUUCUAGUUCAUAUCCAAUCCUCAUUACUGACUGAGAUGUACAAGCAGCAAAGGCAAAAAUUGGGAAGUACAGUCUCCCCAGAUGGGGCUUUGGAGUUUCUUCCUUCCCAGAAUCCUCGCUGAGGUGUCAGUGUGUUGGCAUGCUGCAGAGGCUUAGUGACAUUUAGCCAUGGGUGUUUCUUUAAAAAGAAGAAAAAUGUCUCAACUAAGCUUCGAAAUGGGAAAGUGUUGAUUUCUAGAUCUUUGCUGGAUUAUGUAGUUGUACGUAUGGUUAAUUUUUCUAGUCCUCAACAAAUACACAGACGUGCUGUUUUGGGGUUUAAUUAAAUGUACAAGUAGGUUUUCCUUCCUCACCAUGAACUAAUAGGAAAAAAAGAUUCUCUACCCCUUUGCAGCUGUGUCCAGGGAAGGACAAUACGUCCACAAUUUCCUAGGCAGACAAACAACUUCGUCUUCAUUCUUCCUUUUAUCCCUCUCCUUCCUCUCUUUCCCUCUCUCUUUUUUUUCUUCCUCUGUCACUGAACAGAAAACACACCUUCCAAAUGAAUUCACCUAUGUCAUGGGCUUAUUCUCUUCCUUAAACAUCUGUGGUGCUGGCAGUGAGGAGAUAAAGACCAGACUUUGCCAUCUGGAGAGUGAGCAACAAAAAGAAGCUCAGCGCUUUUCUUGGCCCAAACGCAAAUUAGAAAAGGCACCGCUACCUCUGGGAUGCAGUCUGCGCCAGGGUCUCAGCUGGAGAGUGGACCAGGGUGGGGUUGCAGCCCCCUAGUGCCCAUCACCAGGUGCCCGUGUACAGGGCAUGGCCUCUGCAAACGAGGGCGGCCCUGGGUGGAUGUGCAGGUUGGUCCUCUAUAGAGAAGUUAGGACUUAGAUGACGACCGUAGAAAUGCUUCAAACCACGCUGUGUGAGGUCUGGAUACCCCUCGACAACCCCUGUUUCUCACCCCUCUCUUUCUGUUUGACCCUCUGAAACUCAUGGUGCCUCUUCCGCCAACACAUACCUCAUUUAGAGACUUUCAGAGUUGCCUACCCACCCUCACAGGAGCACCUCCCUCGUUACACAAACACGAACAUCACGUCCCCAAAUUAAAAUCGCCCCCAAACAAUGUCAAAGAGACACGUUGAGUAGGUUUCAGGGGAGAGAGAUGUUCCAUCUCUCUCUCUCCAUCUCGGAGAAAACUGGACCUUGUUCAUGUGUGACUGCUCUCACGGAGGUGCCCUCUCACUUCGCAUUACACUUUAGGUGGGACAGAUUGCCGAAGCCACGAUAUUUAAGGCUUGACUUUUCAAAAAUCUUUUGACUCUUAAAACAAAUGCUGCUGUAUUGGACCGUAGCCCAGGGAGGAAAUACUUUCUUGCCUGCUUUGCACUGGAAUGCAAUUAGCCAACCAAAUUAUUGUAGCAAUACUGCAACGAUAAUGAAUUUUCACCCCUUUCAAAAAUCUUGUCAAACCAGGCAGCUAAGGAGCUUAGCAAAUGCAAAACUUGCCAGGCCAUUUCCUCUCAACAGCCUUCUGAGAGCCAGGCCAUGUGUGUCGCUCCUGCCUAAACGUGAGCUGAUUCGGGGGCCUCCCACGUGUACAGUUAGGGGAGACGUCAUUCCACUGUGGUAGCUUCGCUUCGCAUUGUGACGGAUAAUGCUAUUUGUUUUGUGUAAUUCCAAAACAGAGAUAGAGUGUGUGUGUGUGUGUGUGUGUGUGUGUGUUCAUGUUCCAAACCUUUUCAAUUAUACUUUUCUGUUAAACACUCAAAAAAUCUAGAGACAAUUCUAUUGCCUAGUAAGUUUUAAAUAUUUUCUGAAGCACAUUAUUCCUUUGGUGAAGACUUCAGGUAAAAGAUGUGGGCAGUGUGUGUGUGUGUUUCCUGACACUGUAGUUGAAGAGCCUUAGGAAGUGGCUGGGAGUAUAUCAGCUAUUAUAUUUGCUUGGUUCUUUAAAUAUGCCUCCCCAGCUUUGUAGCACAGAGACAGAACCUGCUCCAGGCUGUUCCUACUAGGUAUACCCUCUAACGCCAGCAGGGUGCGCUCUGGAGGCAGCUGGGGGCUUCUGGGUCGACCCAACUCAGGGGAAGACAGGCCCGCAGUGACUGAGGGGAGAGGCCCAGCCAGGGAGACCUGCGUGCAGGGAGCCCCUGUCUUCACACCUGUUCACUGCCCGCCAGUGGAUACACUGGGCUCCUAUUGUUUCCCGUCAGCAGGGGUGCUGACCUUUUUUCCUUUCAGUAGGUAAAAGGAAUGAAAAGUUCCUCAGGAGAACCUACUAUGACACUGAAAUCCAUUGCAAAGGAGUUCCUGGCUCAGGAGAAUUUUGUCAUAUCUCUGAAGACAAUUGGAAAUGCCCAGAGGUGGCUAUGGACUUGAAUGUAGGCACCGUCAGAAGGUCUUGAGCAAUGAAGCUGUCUCGCCUUCCUUCUGAAGACACAGCCAGGCCUUCCUGUGUGGGGGCCGAAGACGGGCUCCGAGGCGCUUUUCCAAUUCUUCGCAACCGAGUUAGAUGAGAAGGAAAUUUGACCCUUUUUUAAAAAAUCUCAGAUAGCAAGACAUGGGAUUGUGCUGGAGUAGAACAUUUUUUAAAAGGCAACAUUUUGUUAAGGAGAAGAGUGAAAACCUGUCUGUGGGUUUGGUUUAUUUUUUUGUCAUAAACACACUGCAAGACCUGCACAGGGUUGUCCUGCCCUGUGUGUGCUCCCUGCAGCAGGAGGGGACCGUGCUGAGAGGCACGGAGGUGGAUCCAGAGGGUGGUCAGACAGGUAGAGGCAGUGAUGUCAGUCUGGCAGCAACGCCCCGCUUCCACACGCAACACCUGGCACCUGAGCCAGAGCACCGGGACCUCAGCCUCCAGGGUGUCCUCUCUCCUCAUCAAAGAUGAUUCCUUCACUGGCGAUUGGAUGCUGGAUUUUUGGAAACGUAGCAUUUAUUUGAAAGAAAAUCACUCUUAUUUAUCACCACCAGUUCAAUAUGACGGAAACAUGUCUGCUAACAAUUUGCUUUGUGUAAUUUGUUCUAAUGCUAAUAGGCAACAGCUGGGACACUUCCUGUGGUAAAUUCCUGUGUGGUUACAGUGGUAUGAUCACACAUGGACUUCACCAAAAUGCUGUACUUGAGAAGAAAGCUCACACCGGCUCUCCCAGGCUUCAGACAAUUCCCGAGUCGCAAAAGCACAUUUUUACAGGAGGAUUUGCUUCUCUUCACUCUCUGCUUUCCCAAGCAAGGCCCUGGAUCUUAAAGUACUACAGAAAGAGCCCGGGGGUUCCCCUCACACUUAGCAUUGAAUUUGAUUUCUCUCCAAAGGAAAAGGCAGCACACGGAGCUGAAAGAAGACACCUUCCUCCAGGUCAGCGUGCUGUACCAGCGUCCCCGUUGAGAGGAUGGGGCUCGAGAUGAGCGGAGACACGCUCAAGAGCCAGGAACUGGCUUGGUAGCUGAUUAUAUAAUGAUGUCAGACUGUGUGGGGACAAAGCAUCUUUCUGCCCACAGGGUCUAAAUAUACACUGACUUGCUCUGUGCUGCCAGCCCACCAUGUUCUGCUCUGUAGUUUGACCCUGUGACCUGAGCCUUAGAGGUGGUCCCAUGUCCUAGGGGCUUACUGAAAAGACCAACACGAGUCUUUAGUUGGAGCCUACUCUGAAACACAGCCAAAGCCUUGCUUCUCCAACACCCCUCUACGAAAUCGAAGACCCUCCCUGGGUGUCGUUUCACAGCAAGAGUGUGUGACCGGUAGGCACCUCCAUCAUCUGUGUAGCCUCCUCCCGUCUCGGGAAGGCUCUGCCUCCCCAUCGAGGUGCCGGAUGCCUUCCCACAGCCCUGAGAAGUGGCUCGGCCUGACCACGUCCCACCAGGAGGCAUUCACUCCCAGAGGAAGUGGUUUAUUUCUUUGUUGGACAGCUCUGGUUGUGAAAAAGUUUUUUCUCAGGGAGACACAGAUGUCUGUGAAUCAGACACAGACGUUUGAGAUGAAGCCAACUCUGCAAUCUUUCUCUUUUUAACAGAGCUUGUCCGGGCAGCAACCACACCUACAAUACAAACCGACACUGGGAAGUAGAUCCCAGCUCUGCUGCAUUAGGGCGGAGGAGCAGACACUCGAUACAAAUGUGGCCACUAGCAGAUGUUUGGUGGCCUUGUACACACACAAAAAGGGUGGCCUGGAGAAUUUUCAGUGCAGUUGUAAAUCUGGCUGUGUUCACAUACACGUGUGAUCAAGUUACAUCAGUUUACGUGAGUGAAUGUCUAAGGCCGUGCGCCUUCCAGUUGUUAAACUGUGUGAACAAGGUGCCGUGACCCGCUGGAGCCCUGUCUCUUCAUUGUACUCACUGGUGAGAUCAUGAUGGGAGGAAGUUUAGUUUAGACAAUAGCAGGUUAUGAGUGAUGCUAGGCGAGUAAACAUGGUCUUUUGUGAAUUUAUGAAAGUUACACAGUCGAUGACCCCCGGGCCCAAGUUAGAUGUCGUGCUUGUGUGUGUGUGUGUGUGACUGAGCACAAACCAGAGUGAAUGCAGCAAGGAGUGGGAACUGGGGAAGGUUCGGAAGGGGUUGCAAAAGGAGGUUUUGCUUUCCAGAACAUUCUGUUUUAUUCAGAAGAACUACCUAGAAAUCAGACCCCAAAGUACACCAAGUGUGUAGUAUAUGUAGCUUACUUAGAUCAAUUUCUGGAGCAGAGUCUCUAUGAAAAUACUAAAAUCUUGGUACUUGGAACAAGUAGAUACUGCCCAGCACCUUGGCUAACACCUGCCAUAUAAAAGGCAUCUCAUUAAUAUUCACUGGCUGACUGAUUAAACAAAUGCUUGACCAGUUUGCAUAUUUUCUCCAAAAAGCCACUAGUCCUUCUUUGAACCCCAGUAUCUUUACUGAAAGGAAAUUGCCAACAGACCAAGAGGGGGCACGAGGCCUUACCUUCCCUGGCUCUCCAGGCUCUCGAACCUCCAGAGUCACUGACCGGCAUUUCACUCCUGUCUCUUUGUCUUAAAAUCUCACGUUCCAAUUGGCCUAAUGCUCUACUGCAAGCAUUAGAGAGUAACGAUGGAUUGUUUACAGCUUUAAUUUCAAAACUUCUUUUCCUUUUCCUUUCAACCCAUGAUGCCUCUCAGAAAUGAGCGAUUUCCAUCAGCUGGUUAUCUGCAGGAGGACACGUGGUUCCCGGGGGGGGGGCAGAGAGCGCUUUUCGUGAACCCUGCACUCGGGUAUCUUGUCCCCCUUUGAGGGUCAGGGCAGGCCAGCCCAGGUGGGCUUCCCCGCAAGCUGCCCUCUCUCACACCUGCUCCCGGUGGGAUGACGGAGCAUGCGCAGCCCACAGGAGAUGGGUGGAUGAGCACUGUCCCCAGUCCUUUCCCUUUCUUUACUCAGCUCCUCCCUGGAAAGCAGAUUUGAAAAUAUCAGGGGCUUCGGUUUUUUCCCUAAAUAGUUACAUAGAAAUUUCGAGCAUAGAAUCAUAUGACCAAUUUUUUUUUCAUAAGCACACCAAAACUUAGAGUGUUUUACCUGCAAAGAAAUCAUCCUAAAAGCCCGAGGGUGUGCUCCAAGGACAUGGUCAUUGCUCCGAAUAUUUUUGGUGCAGGUCUUUCGGGGUCAUCUUUAGAAGCGAGGACACAUUCUUUUCUGAGGGCUGUUGGAAUCCCUUGUGCUCAUGUGAGGGUGCGUUUUUUCUCUUUGGAGCAGGUAUGGGCCACUGGGCGGCGUCUGGAGGACAACACAGGUGUAAGUGGUGUGUCUCCAUACUCAUUUGCUGGUCUUUUCCUCGUGUGUUUCCUUACUCGGUUCAAAUGGUUUGAGCAACGACAGCUGCAAUUAAUUUGUUGAUUUAAAUCUCUGAGGCAGAUAUCAUUAUAAAGAGCUGCAAUGUAUGGACUACUUUGAAGGACAGUAUCGUCUGGAUACGUAACAUUAACUGAGUCCGUUUUGAAGUAAUCUCAUUCUGUAUCCUUAGGCAUGGUAAGCGGAGGAUACUGUGAUGUUUGAAAUACCCAGAGGUAGCCCUCAUACCUAGAAUUCUAGAAUCCCAGGGGAAUUGGGAGGAGGAGCCCUUGAAGGGCAUCUGGAGAGCUCACCUCCUUGUACGACCCCCUGCACCCCAUCUCCCACGGGUCCCUCACUACAUGGUAAGGGCGGAUUGUGGUGCAGUGCAAAAGAAGCAAGCCCUCUAAGUUACCAGACGCCCAUCUCCUCACCAGGAAAACGAGGGGCAUCCAGAUGACGCUUAAAGGCAUUUCCAGCUCAGUUGCUUUCAGCAAAGGCCACGAAACUGCUCCUCUGUUUCAUGACUUCUGGGUUCUGCUCCUCCUCCUGUCUGACCUCACCAGACGUUUCGCCCUCUCCUCGCGCAGGCCCGCAACUGCAACUCCUCCUCCGAGCAAUACAAGCAGCACCUUGCUAGCUCUUCUCAUUAUUUUUUACUUUCCAUUUCUUUCUUUCGUCCUGUUUUUUUGUUCCUCUUUUCUGUUUUUCUCCGUUAUCCUAACUCCGAUGCCUUUUGGGAAGAGAUAGGAAGAGAACAAAAGAAGUAGCGGCUGCCUCCUCUCUCCCCGGCCUGGCAGUCCUGACCCCGCCUGCCUUCCACCAUCUCGCUGUCACCUGCCCACAGCUUCUCUCUUGGCUCUGUCAGACUUCCAGCCCAAGCUCCAUUUGUUCUUUCCAGUUUCAAGGUCUAGUGCUCACAGUCUGUCCUUGAGUUUGGGAACAAGAGUCUUCUCCCUUUUAAAUGCUUCGUCUGUGACUCGCCCUGACAGUUCACUAAUACCCCUCAUCAACCUUCCCCAAGCACAAGCCCAAAUGCCCAUCCCACUAGGUGUCCCUCCUCCUUUAGCCCUGAAGGUCAAGAGUCCAGUGACCUGGAGCCAACCUGACAUGCCUCUUGAGAAGCAUGAGCUGUUUUUCCCAGCUGCUGCCUCCUGUGACCUGAGUGGAGGAGGAGGCCACAUCCAGUGGCCACUCUGGCUGCUCUGCCGUUCUUUAUAGAACAUGCAGCUUUGUCCAAAACCACUUAGGACUGACUGCACCCACCAGUGACCAAGGCCAGGCCAGUGCCUCAUAUCUUCACGAGCAGGGUCCAGCCAGGAUCAAAGAUGAAGGCCAAUGACACCAUGUGAGAAGCAUUUCCGGGGUAAGGUUUUGUUCUCAGACUUCACAAUUCUGCUGAGAAAUGUGCAGUAUUAAGUGUCUUGUGACUGAGCAAGGGGAGGAGAUGAUGUAUUUCCCCAAAGAAAAUGUGGUUUAGAGGAGAGAAAAAGGCAGCAAACUUUUGGAAAGAGGAUUCUCUAUUCCUGGCCGUUAUCCAGCACAAUCACACCCCCUCAAGGUCUUUCUAGAAGUCAAACUUGUUUCCGUCUCAGGGACAGAAAAUGUUUUUGCCCAAGUGUGAGGGAAUUUGGAAUACCUUGAUUUCUUUCAUUAUCCAUUGUGUUAUAAACCACAAUAUUGAAUUUGCUGUCAUUUUUCAGCUGUAUCUUUGAUCACUUGAGGAUUUUUUUAAAUGAGCUUCUUUCAUCCAGAAAUUUUGAGGUAUCAGUUACUUCAUAUAGCAGAUAUUCCUAUCUUACAAACAUGGUUGAUUAGAUUGUUUCUCUUCCGUAAAUGCCUAGAAGUGACUUUAUUAAUAUAAAGAUUUUAUACUUUAAGUGCAUUUGCAAAUAAAUUAUACUUUUUAUUCCAUACAUACAAGAAAACAAAAUAAAUGGUGUUAUAGAAACAUUCUAUCAUAAUUGUCUUCUGUUGCUAUUUUCUCCUUACAUUAACAGUAGAGUCUUUUUGUUAAUUAAGUGCCACUGUAACAUCAUGAAGUGUCGUGAAGCCGAAAGGUUUCUGUGUUAUGAGCCAUGCUAGGCUACAAUCAUCUGACAAGGCUCUUGCUAAAUAAUGAGGGCAUCGCAGUAAGUGAAAAUCCAUGUUCCCCAAGUUUCUGAGGUUGAAGGCUGAUUGAUGAUUGAGAUGUUCUGCCUUUUGUUUGGAAGCUAAGGGGUUUACUUUCAGGUUCUUCUUUUACCACCGCCUUAGUUAAUCUCAUGAUUCCACCUCUUUAUUCCACCUCUCUCCCCGAUACGCCCAGGCAGGAGGCUUGCCGGUCUCUCUCCGCCUGGGAAGGGGGCAGCGGCAGCCUUUCCCAAGGAUCUUCUGUCUUUAGUGGGCACUGCGUGGAAGAGCCGGGAACCCAGGGUGCAAAUAGGCCGCCUCCUCAUCUCGGGGAGAGAACCACAGGGUUGGCCACAUUUUCUUUCUCUGCCUAGAUGGUCUCCCCUGGCUUCUAAUGAAAGGUUUUUAAGGAAUGCGUGUGUGUGUGUGUGUGUGUGUGUGUGUGGAUGGCUCUGGGAAUCUGAGACCAGGGUCACCCAGUGAAAGGUUGCGCAUCAUUUGCUCGUCCAAGGCCAGUUGAACGACGGACCCGGUGCAUGUGCUGCUGGUGUUCUCGCUACUUGAAAACCCAUUGUGCUUUCACUUUUUAUGGAUGUAACGUAAUUCGGGAACAUGACUUUAACUCCACGCUUUGUUUAGAAGUGCCGUGGGAGUGUGGGGCUCUGCGCUUAGGGAAUGGUGCAGUGUUAGGGCCUAGUUUUCAGUUUUUGGGGUGUUAUUUUUGUAAGUAGCAAUGGAUCUAAUUUUGCAGACCAGAAAUCAGUGAAUAGAACUCAUUGUAAUGGGGAACAGCAUUUCGGUGGGAGAGAGAGAACCAUAAACUUUGUCACCUGGGGGAAGAGCCUCUCCUUCAUUUUUGCUCUUUGUGAGCAUGAUGUAAUCAGUGCUCCCUAGUCUGGGACAAUCCUCUCCCGUCCAAGUGUUCCUGGGUAAUUGUGUCACAUGUGGGAAAUUAUAGUAGGCAAUUUGGUUCUGUAAUCCCGUUUGCAAAGCAUGCAAACAUAAGAUAACUAGGUUAAACGCAAAUAGGCAUUACACUAAGGUACAGAAACUGGGGGGAGAGAAGAUGCUGUGUCCAUAACUUAGAAACAACAUGAAUUUUAUUCCUCAUGUGCCUCAAAACGUAGAGUUUAUUAAAGUGUUUAUCCUCCCGUUGGACUUCAUCACAGACGGUUUAUUCGGACGCAUCAUCUGUGUGUGAACAUACACGCAUUUCUACUGCGCACGUCUACAAUCUCUCAUUUGCAAUAUGUAGGCUCCGUGUGAAGUAUGUUCUUUAGGAAUUGAUGUGCUCAUUUUCUUUUAUCAUGUGCAGUGUUUUAACAAAUGGACUACUAUAUAUAAGACACCAUAUCAAAAUGUGCUCUUAAUUUUUCAAAGCCUUUUUGUUAUUGUUUGUAACUGUUCCCUUUGGGUCAAUUCUUUCAUUAUUUAGAGGCCUGUUUUUAAUGUACUCCUUUAAACAGUGACUGCUAGGUACACCACAGUCAGAGGUGUCCAGCUUCAUGAAAUGCACACUACUGGCCUUAAUUGUUUUAAUAUUUUGGUGUGUUGGUUUUUAAUUUUUGAUGCAGGUUUUUUUUCCCCUAGUACAGUAGAUCCCAGGCCUGAGAAUAAUUUGUUAAAAUGUCUAAAUCUUAAGAUUCCAAGACAGUGCAGUAUUUUCUGUUCAUGCCGUGGACAGUAUUUCUGUAUUUUUAAUAAAGAAUGGAAUUUA